AUGCCGACCAUCCCGCCUCAGCCGCCUGUGCGGCGUCCCCCGCUCCUGGGGCUCCCUAAGCGUCCAGAUCACGUUGGAGGGCGAGUCUCCGAAGCGCAAUCGGACCCACUAUCCGCUGUGCAAGACCGCCUCCGAAUCAUCCAGAAGCAGCGUGACGAGGAGAAGGCCCACAAGGACGAUGCUGUUCGCCGCGCGUUGGUCGCCGAGGCCCGUGUCAGCGCCCUCGAGGCUUUGCUUGCUCAAGCCGAAAAGCGCGAGGUGCAGACAGCACACUCGUGGGCCCAGGACAUGCAGGAGUGGAAGCAGGCCGACAAAGACCGCGUGCGCAAGCAUGAAAAGCAGAUGUCCACCCUCCGCGCCGUCCUGGGGCCCAUCACCGACUACAUCCUCGCCCCGUCGCCCGAAACGCUGGCACGUGCGAAGGAGCUCACGCGUCUGCGAAUCACGACCCCGUCACCCGAUCUACUCUCUCAAUAUGCUAGCUCCGACUCAGAGCCAGAAGACGGCAACGCCACGAUGCGCUCUAAACGUCCACGCUCUCCCACGUCAGCGGCAGCUCCUUCUGGUACCCCGCAACUAGCUGGCCCUAGUCGCCCGUCAAAGAAGGCGAAAUUGGCAGACGAGGCGCUGGUGGAAGCGGACGGAUGA